AUGCCAGUUCUAGACAAGAAUUCUCCAAAUGAUGUAACCACUUCUUCUUUCCUUCCCCAAACAGAUGAAUUUCCAAACUCUCACGUGGCUCCUGGAAAUUUCACCCGGGUCACUGAGUUUAUCCUCACAGGUGUCUCAGACUGUCCAGAACUCCAGAUUCCACUCUUCUUUGUUUUCCUGGUCAUCUAUGGACUGACUGUGGUGGGGAACCUGAUCAUCAUCACUCUCACUAUUGUUGACUCUCGACUUCAGACCCCUAUGUAUUAUUUCCUCCGACAUUUGGCUAUGAUAAAUUUUGGCAAUUCUACUGUUAUUGCCUCUAAAAGGCUGAUAAAUUUUUUCGUAAAGAAGAAAACCAUCUUCUACUAUGAAUGUGCCACCCAACUGGGGGUGUUCUUGGUUUUCAUUGUAGCUGAAGUCUUCAUGUUAGCUGUGAUGGCCUACGACUGCUAUGUGGCCAUCUGCAAUCCCCUGCUCUACAUGGUAGUUGUAUCUCAGCGGGUCUGCUUUCUCCUGGUAUCCCUCACGUACCUUUAUAGCUUUUCCACAGCUGUGGUGGCUUCAUCUGCUGUAUUCUCUAUGUCUUACUGCUCUUCCAAUGUAAUUAAUCAUUUUUUCUGCAACAUUGUUGGUGUAAUAGCAUUGUCCUGCUCUGAUACCUACUUUCCAGAAACAUCAGAUUUUAUAUCCGCAAAAUUUAUAUUGAAUUUUUUUCUAUUUCAAUUGAUGCAAUUUAUGCAACUUUUUUUAUGA